UAUCCUUCUGUCAAAUCUUAUCAUCCAUCCGCUCCUCAUCAGUGUAGGAGAAACUCUUUUUUUUUAAUUGUGUUUUCUUUCCUCGCAGGAAAUAUGUUGAAUUCAGAAAAGUACUGGGUCACAAAACAUAUUGUUCAACGCAAAUUGGGCAAAAAGGACGAUGUAUGUAUAGAGUCCUCAGAUGCAGAACUGGAUUCGAAAAUCGAUUUAUUUAAAUCAAUAAACGAAUCAUGCUUGAAUUUACAUCGAAUUAUCGACAGUUACCAGGAACGAAUCUGUAUUGUAGCUCAAGAGGAAAAUUCUGUUGGAAAGUUUCUGAAAGAAACUGGAAAGGGCAGUGCAACGAGUGGAAAACCAAUGAACACUGCUGGAAAGUCUUUAUCGUAUUGUGGCCAGCAACGAAUGACGGUACGAGCGCCAUUAAUGAGACUUCAUCAUGAGUUAGAGACAUUCCGUAACCGUGCUAUCUCAGAUACCCAUCACACAAUCCAGGCUAUGGAGAAGGAACGAACCGAAUAUCGAGCUGCAUUAAACUGGAUGAAAUCAGCGAGUGCACAAUUGGAUCCAGAUACCGGCAGAGGCUUGGAAAAGUUUCGUAAAGCUCAACAACAUGUUCGUGCGUCGAAAACGAAAUUUGAUAAAUUGACGUUGGAUUGUCUGCAGAAGAUCGAUUUGUUGGCCGCUGCUCGUUGCAACAUGUUUUCCCAUGUCUUAGUGGCCUAUCAAUCGACAAUGUUAGAGUUUGCCAAUAAAACUAUGGACACAUUCAAUAGUGCCAUGACCGCAUUGGAAAAGGAGCCGCAUUACAGUUUCACCAUUCUAAAAGAGCUGACACAAGGAUCUGAUGCUCCCGAGAAAGAGAGUCAACUGGCUGCGGUAGAUUCCGAUCAAAUGCUGUUCUUUAAGGAUGACUACAAAGAUGACAUUACAUCGCAACCAAAUGAAGCUGCAGCGAAAACCACAGAUGACAAAAAAGACAAAGUUUUGCCAUCGGAAUUGAUUGACGUUACCGAUGGUUCUACUAAUCAAUCGGAAUCGGUGUCAUCAACUGUGAACAUCACUAACGACCAAUCGUUGGUAGAUACGUCCACGUCCACCGAUCUUCUGAAAAUGAUGAGUGAAUCCGACUUUGGUGAUUUCGUGUCCAGCACACCAUAUAUGCCGUCUCAGCUUCUUAUGAAUGAUCUUGCGACAUUUUCGUUCGACGAUGCGCCUACUGAUUCGACCAAAGCGCCGCCAAUGUCGACCGAGUCUUCGGCCGAAAGUGUGAUGAAGGUGAAAAAUUCGAUUUUACAAUUGUUCAACAAAACGUCCAGUACACCAUCGACGACCAGUGACGAAACCGAUGCGGACAAAAAGCCGACUUCACAACAAUCCAAGUCUCGCAAAGAUAAAUCGGCUUGGUACGAUUUGUUUGCUGAUCUGGAUCCGUUGGCGAAUCCAGAAACGUUGGAGAAGAAAUUGAGCGAAAAUAGUCAAGCGGCUUGAGUGUCAACGCUGAACAAAUUAUUUGAAUAUUUUAUUUCGUUUAAUGUUUUGUGGUUAGCUGUGUGCCGAUAUAGACGAAUAUGCUUAUCUAUUCUUAAUUUAUUUUAUUUAUUUUUAAUUUAUAUUUUGAUCUCAUUGUCGUAUAUUUUUUAGUGAAUAAUCAAUUGUAAUCAUUGACCAGCGGAGAUAUCCUAAAUUUUUUGAAUUUAAUUUCUUCUAGUCAUUUUAAAACGUGAUAAUCAAAAAUUUGUCUCAGAAAAUAAUGUCUUGAAUUUGAAAAUAUACGUACGCAUUAUACAUUAUCGAGC